CCGUAAUCAAUGGUUAGGUAGCUCUUACUAGUCUUCUCUAUCCCAGAUAGCUGGUCUAUCCGAUAGUACGCUGUCAAUUCGGCUUAGCUCAGUACUAAUCUCCAUGUCCUGACCUGAUUGUCCGUCAAAAUGGUGUUCUGUCCCAUUUGCAGCAAGUCCGUUUCAAGCUUAAAGAUCAACGAUCACAUCGAUUCCGACUGUCAGAACUUUAUCGACGAGCCAACCUCAAGCGCAGAGACCCCCACUUCACAAAAAGCUGCAGUCCCGAGCUUCUUUCAGCCGGCUUCUGCGCGAAAGGCUUCUGCUCAAACCAAUGGAACACGGGAUAUCGCUACGGAUUCCUCCCCGCUCCGCAAUGUCAACGGCAAGCGGACGGCUACGCCAGCGGCCGAGGUCCCUGCAGAGACACCAAGAAGUGAUGACCUACCGUCGGAGCCGAAGCGUCCAAAGAUGAACGCUUUCCAGAAGGCAGCACCGUUGCCGGAGCGGAUGCGUCCGCGAACUCUGGACGAGGUCUGCGGCCAGGAACUCGUAGGCCCGACGGGAGUGCUGCGGGGGCUGAUCGAGCAGGAUCGCGUGCCCAGUAUGGUCCUCUGGGGUGGUCCGGGCACAGGCAAGACCACCAUUGCGCGAGUUAUCGCAACCAUGGUGGGCAGUCGAUUCGUGGAGAUCAACAGCACAAGCAGCGGGGUUGCCGAAUGCAAGAAGAUCUUCGCGGAGGCCAAAAGUGAGCUUGGUCUGACGGGUCGAAAGACCAUCAUUUUUUGCGACGAGAUUCAUCGAUUCUCUAAGUCACAACAGGACGUCUUCCUGGGGCCAGUGGAAAGUGGACAAGUGACGCUCAUCGGUGCGACCACCGAAAACCCCUCUUUCAAAGUACAGAGCGCAUUGCUAUCCCGAUGUCGCACUUUUACCCUGUCCAAGCUCACGGAUGAGGAUAUCCGAGCGAUCCUCCAGCGAGCACUCCGAGUUGAAGGACCCAGCUACUCGCCUACUGAGUUGGUGGACGAUGAAUUAAUCGACUACCUGGCACGAUUCGCCGAUGGGGAUGCGCGCACAUCGCUCAACCUUCUCGAGCUCGCCAUGGAUCUAUCCAAGCGUCCGGGUAUCACCAAGGAUGAGAUCAAGCGCUCCCUAACCAAGACGCUGGUCUAUGACCGUGCGGGCGACCAGCAUUACGAUACUAUCUCAGCGUUCCACAAAGCCAUUCGAGGAAGCGAUCCGGAUGCGGCGCUUUACUAUCUCGCGCGGAUGAUUCAGUCGGGCGAAGACCCUCUGUACAUCGCGCGGCGUUUGAUUGUGGUGGCAUCGGAGGACAUUGGUUUGGCCGACAACAGCAUGCUCACCCUGGCUAUCUCCACACAUUCGGCCGUGGAGAAGAUCGGACUUCCGGAGGCGCGGAUUAACCUGGCGCAUGCGGCAGUGGCAAUGGCGCUAUCGAAGAAGAGUACGCGUUCAUACCGCGGACUCAAUAAUGCCUUUGCGGCCCUGGCAGAACCGGGCGUUGCUGGCCUGCCCGUCCCGAUCCAUUUGCGCAAUGCCCCAACACGGUUGAUGAAGGAGCUGGGGUAUGGGAAAGAGUACAAGUACAAUCCUAGUUAUGUGGAUGGUGAAGUGGUGCAGGACUACCUCCCGGAGCCGAUCCAGGGACGGAAGUUCUUGGAAGACCUCGACUUGGGGACUAAGGUUGAUCCAGACCUGAUGAAGCCCGAGCCGAGCAAACCAAACCACACCACAUCCUCUCCUCCGUCCUCCUCAAUCUCCGCCUCGACCCCCAAACAAAGCACCCGAACAACGACGCCUACCAUGGCCUCGUCCAACCAACCGUUCGGCUCGCGCUCCUACGCCGCAGGCAAGCUACCAGACCGAUCCCUGAACGCAAACACAAUGCCUUUCAGCGCGUCGUCGUUCUCGCGGCACCGCGGGCUAGCCGGCGGCCUCCAAAGUGGCGCAGGGGAGUUCAGCAGCGAGGCCAACAAAAGCAGCCAGCAAGUGCUCGCAGGAGCAGGAGGAGCAGGAGCAGGAGUAGCGCCACCACCACCGAUGCACUCGCAAGCCCACGGGCCAAGCUCCUCACAGGAAUCGAACCCGUUAAGCCGAUUAACAGAGGAACAACGCGAAGAGAUCAAUGAAGCCUUCACACUCUUCGACCUCGACCGCGACCGCCACCUAGACUACCACGAGCUCCGCGUCGCGUUCCGGGCGCUGGGAUUCUCGCUCCCGAAACAAGAACUAAUCUCCCUACUGACGACGUACGGCGUGCCGCGGCCCCAAGUGCAACAGCAGCAGACCCAGCAACAACAACAAACCCCCCAACAGCAGCAACAACAGUCGCAGAUCCUGCAGAAGUCCGGCGGGAACAGUAACAACCCGCAACAUCCGUCCAACCUCCUCAUGCCGCUGUCGUCGUUCCAGGCCGUCACGGCGCUCAAGAUCCUGGAGCGGGAUCCGCGGGACGAGAUCCUGCGCGCGUUUGAGCUGUUCGACGAAGGUGGGAAGGGGUAUAUCGAUCUGGAGGAUCUGCGGCGCGUGGCGCGCGAGCUGGGCGAGACGGGACUCGAGGAGGAGGAGCUGCGCGCUAUGAUUGAGGAGUUUGAUCUUGAGGGUGUUGGUGGUGUUACGAAGGAGGCGUUUGUCAGUAUUUGUUGGCAGUGAACACUUCUCCCCCGAGAGAGAGUGUGUGUGUUUAAGUGAUGCCAGAGGAAGGGUUCAGUGGAACAGAAGCGUAAGGCUUCGAGGUGUCCGGGGCUUUGGGUUUUUGUUUACUUUAUUCCAUUGGGUCAUGCUUACUUGCUUGCUUGUUGGGAUAUAUCCGCAUUUACCUACUAGGCCCGGGUAGUAUUCUACCUACUUAUCAUGCGGUUGUUGUGGGCCAGGAACAACUUGGCUAGUUGAUGUUGUACUUUUUUUGAGUGUCGUUUUCGUGUUUGUGUACAUUUUGGGCAUUGGGCGGGCGCCAAUUUGACUCUACUGUUCUCUCUAGUGAUAUCUUGUAUUGUUCUGUUGCGGUUUCUUCUUCCCCAUUUGGCUACUUGUCUGAAAGAUAUCCUUCCACUAAACCGCAGAACUGUAUGAACUCAACAGCGC